GGAAGGAUGUUGACGUGAUUUCCGUAGGCUUAGACCGGGGAAAGUUGUUUCCUGAAGUUGACACUGCGUCGAUAAUUUUCACAGCAAAGCUCGGGUGCUUGUACAAAAUGACUCCGACAGGUUGGUCGGACUUUUGAUCGACGUCAGGUGAACUCGGUCUGACGAAAAGAUGAGCUCCAAGACUGAAGACACAGUGGCGAGCCUGCAGGCCCAGCUAGCCGAGUGCCGAGCUCAGGCCGAACACUGGCAGGGCGUGGCGACGAUCUGUGAGCUGAGCAAACAGGAGGAACUGACAGAGCUGCAAAAACAAUGUGAUCAAGAGAUCCAGUCCCUGCAGGAGGCUCUCAGAGAGACCGCAGCGCAGUAUGAGGCCAGGAUAUCGGUCCUUCAGUCUCAGCCUGUGGAGUGGAGACGAGCCAGUGGACACAACAUGAUCAGUGGAAGGAAAGGCAGGAUGGAUGCAGAAGUCGCCAGCAGCGAACCCCCAACAUCGAUGACCAACAGCCUGACCGAGGCCGAAGCCACGGGGUCAACGGACAGGAGGCACAACCAAUCAGCAGAGCUCGAGGCGUCGGUGGCGGAGGGAGAAGGGACGCCGCCUACAACAGAAGCGUAUUUUUCGCUGCGGCACUGCGACUCGGCCUCGUUGUCCUCCUUCUCCUUAGACACGCCCUCUCUACCCAGAAAACUCCACGCUCAGGAAGACACCGACUCUCUGGUGUCCACAGGAACUUUAGUGCCUGAAGCCAUCUACCUGCCACCGGCCGGACACCGGCUGGUCACGCACGGCGACUGGGAUGCACUCAAUUCUCAGGUGUCAGAGCUGCGAGGGGAGGUGAGUCGGCUGCAGGCUGAGAAGGAGGAGCUGGAGAGAGAACUGGACACACAGACCAACCACACACACAAACAGGUAUCAAUGCUCCAGUGUCAGGUCCACACUUCAGAGGCCCUCCUGCAGGAUUUGCAGAAAUCUUUUAGCCAAUCACAGAAUGCCGUCCAGAGUCGGCUGGCAGAGUUAUCCUUUUCCCAGAGGAAGGUGUGCAGUGAGCUGUCCAGACUGAAAGGAGAGGAGGUUGAUGAUGAGGGACCAGAGUCCAGCUCUUCAUUUCCAGCAACACUGCAGGGGGCGCACUGUGAGGAGCGUCUUCGCAUUGAGAUUGUCAACCUGAGGGAGCAGCUGGACACCCGGACGGAGGAGAACGAGGUUUUAGAAGUGCAGCUCUCCAGUCUGAAGACAGAGACGGAGAGGAUCCAGGCUCAGAAGGACCACUUGCAGGCUGAACUGCUGGCCUGUCGCACCGAACUGGAUGCCCUGCGGGUGGCACUGUCUCAUGUGCAGAGCACCAACCAGACCCUCAGUAGUGAUAAAGCAGCCCUGCAUCAAAAGUGUCUGGAGCUGCGUAGCCAAGUGAUCAGUCUGCGCUCCCAGGUCGACACCAGCCAGACUGUCCAGAGAGACUUUGUCCAGCUCUCCCAGUCGCUGCAGGUGAAGCUGGAGGUAAUACGGCAGGCUGAGAGUCUUGAACAGGUCAGGGAAAUCCUGGAGGAGGGAGUCAGCGAAGCUAGUGCCUCGCCUGCAGACGCCUCGUGAGUUUUAGAGAGUCCCAUCGGAACCAAAGAGCCCAGGCCAAGAUAAAAAGACCUCAACAGUGACCAAUAAGGACCAACUAACCAUCACCACACCAAAUACUGUCGUGACCAGUGGGAUUAUCACAGCUGGUGCUGCUAGCACUUGUAACUUUUGAUGGAUAUUCCUAAAUAGACAUCAUUUUGGGGUUUGGCUCAGAGGUGAUGGUUCGGCGUCAAUGACCGAAACAGCUGCUUAGCGACCAAAGUGAUUUUUGAUGAACCAAUAAUGCUUUGGGGAUACUGUAAAAAAAGGAAAAAAAAAGUUCACAUUCCCUUUUUCUUACAUCUAGUUUAUUGCUGUACUAAUAUACAUGUAAAUGUGUUGUUAAAACUGACCUGACUCCAGCAAAACACUCAACAGUCCAACAAACACUUAAUUUUGCACUGUAUCAGUAAUUGAUAUGCAAACUAUGCAAUCAUUUUUUUUAGAUCUUCAACGGAUCACAGUGCAAAAAUGAAUAAUAGUGAUACAAAGUAGAAAAUCUCCUAAAUUAACUGCAUUUGAGAUGUGCUUUGUAUUACAUGUUAAUUUAGCUUAGCAUUGUUAACUAUUCCUGUUCUUACCACAACCAUACCAGCUUUUAGACUUCAAGCUAAUCAACGACUGUGGAUUAGGACAGAAGCUAACAGUCUUUUCUUCAACCUGUUAAGUUCAUAAUCAAAUGCUUUUUUUAAGUUUCUCAACCCUGGACCCCAAACUCCAUGCAGUCGUUUAAUAUGUAAAAGGGGUCACAGAAGAUUUCUAAGACUGAUAUGCAUAAUAAUAUAUUUCUUUAAACUAUAUAAUUUAAUAAAAUAGGAUUUAUUAUACUGUAUAAUUAGAUCAUUUUACAUUUAUUUGGAAAAACAUGCAUGAUCUUGAAAUUUUAAUACCGUCGUUGCAAAUUCGACUUUAACCUGAAAUAUGGAGUCACAGGCCAUGGAAGGUCGACACCCCCUAAAUAAUAAAGGGUUAACUUUAUACAGAUGAUAGAAAAUAUAGUCUUAAAGUAUUAGUAUAAAAUUAUACAUUGAUAUUUAUUGUUACUUAAAGCAACAAAAUGUAACUUUUAGCGUGAGCUGUAGUUCCAAUGAGACAACCUGUAGGGGGGCAGAAGCGGGAGAAGUUACAUAGUGUUGCUUUAAUUGUUAUAUAUAUAUAUAUAUAUAUAUAUAUAUAUAGUGCAACAAAUGUCAGAAUUCAAACUACAUUGUUUGUUUUUAUGUUAAAGCGGAAUGUCAGUGUUUUUCAACCUGGACCCUAUUUUCCCACGGAUUUCUGUCUUAAGUGACUAAUUGUGAACAAUGUAUGUCCACUAAAAGUGCUUGUUUUUGCCACUGA